ACGCUGUCAAAACAAAGCUCUGUUGCAUUGCAUGAUUUGCAUGUGAUGUGGAAUGCGAAUAUUUCAAAACUUGUGUUUUCACUGUUCCCAUUGAAAUGUUAAGCAAUUUGAAAGAGUUUAUUUCAGUGGUACAAGAUGGGUUAACAUCCAACUCUAAUUUGCGGCAGACAUUGCAAGAGGUACAGAAAGUGAAGAAUAUUUUUAAGGACAAACAAAAACUGGUGAACGAAAGUCAUGUGAACUGCGGUGCUGGGUCUGUCUUGUUGGACAAGUAUCAGUCAGAAUGGGCGACGUUACAUGAAAAUGCUGAUAUAAAUGCUAAAGCAGCAGAUGAAGCUGAUAAAUUGAUAUUGGAACUGCAUGAAACAGCGAAAACAAAGUUGCAAACUGCAAAUGAAUUGGGCCAAAACUUGGCUUAUUUACCGAGUCUCACGGCUUCCGUGGCACAGUGUAUCGACAGUUUGAAGAACUUGGACGUGUUAAUGAAAACUGUGGAGCAGGACCUGGUGGAAUUUGAGGAUAUUGUGGAAAGGAGUAAGAUGGAGAGAUGGAAAUUAGAUCAUCAUUAUCACCUCACAUUGUACAAGGAAAAAAAAAUGGCUACCCUGGAAGACACACGGAUCAAACUAGCCAAGGAGAACUCUAUCCACAACCAGGAGCGGGAGAAACAGCAGCUAGCAGAACUCCAGGCCCGGAGAGACAACAGUGCCUCGGCUUUCCAACAAGACAUGGCUAGGUACCUGGCCAGUGGCAGCGUGCCUUCAGUAACAACUAAGCUGCAAGAGGUGACGUUGGAGCAAGUGCAAUUAGACGACGACCUUACGGCGCUAGACCAGUUCCUCGAGAGCUGAUGUGGUGCGGUCAGACCAUGGGUGAUAUGCAGCAAGGCUUGGAAACUGGUUAAAUUUCCAAACCGUUAUCAUGUACUUGGCGCAAACCUUUUAGUUUCGGUUUCGUUCGUAAAACCGUUAUUUUUAAACCGGUUUUUAGGAGAAUUUUUCCAUAAAGUUCUUGUCAUAUUAACCGGUGUAGAACACUAAAAACCGGUUUCUUCCUAUGCGGGUGUCUUUGUUUACGCGGCAUACUACCAGGUUGGAUGGCCGUGUCGUCGCUCGUCGAAGAAAUUGGUUUAUUUAUGUUUCAAUAAAGUUCUUAAAACGUUCGCGUUCUUAUGAAAGAUCGGAGUAAAACCAAAAGAAACCGGUAUUUAUAUACUGCUAUAUUUAAAACCAGUUCCAAGCCUUGAUAUGAAGAGCUUCUAUUUUAAUGUACACUAGUAAGUUAUAUUCCAAAGUUAAUAUAAAUAUUGUUGAUAAA